AUAUCUCCACCUUCCUCUGUAUUUUAAAAGAAAUAUUAAAUGUUAAAUACAUUAUCCUGAAGCUAAUCUGUCAAUUUGUUCUCUUCCCAUACAGAUUGCUACAGUGCUACCUUUUUGGCGAAUCACCAGCGAUUUUGGACUGUAUUUUUUCCUGGCUUCUCCUUAGUUCAGAUUUUAACAUUCUUUUCUGAACAUAUAUAAGGAGAGCCAGUGUCUAAAGAGGGAGACCCUCUGGGGUACCCCGGCCUUGUGCCGGCCCCUCUAUUUUAGCCAAAAGCCAAAAACAUCUCUGGCUUUUUGGGUUUUUUUUUUGCUUAUUUUGUUUUUUGUUUUUUAACAUCUGGCAUUUAACAUCUGCCAUCAUUUUUUUAACAUCUGGCAUUUGAAGAACUACAUCAUCUUCUAUUAAGAGAGACAGCGACAAAGAUGGGUAUGUCAAACCCAAAAAAGCGCAAGAGAGAGGAGAGGAGUCGUGGAAGCGCCAAAAAGAUCAAAGAUGAGCGCGUGACCUGCCAACCUGCAGCGGAGAAGCCGGUUCCUAUACAAGACCAAUGGAACACCCUCAGGAACAUCAAAGGAGAACUGAACAUCUUUGAGGACUACGGGGAUGAGAGCUACCUGUUCUAUAAAGCCCUAGAAGAGAAAUUCCUACCAUCGGGGAUUCUCACAAAACAGACCACCAUUGAGGAAAGUUAUUGGCGGGAAGUCACCACCAUUUUAAUCAAAGUGCACAGACACUUUUCGCUGGACUUCUCCACCUUGUGCCUUGCUGUAAAAUACAUGGCAAGGUACAUCUCCGGAAGGCAACUGAGACCUGGCAUCCUGAAACCAGUGGGGGCCACUAGUUUGUAUCUGGCCAUUAAGAUCAUGGAAGACAAUCCACCCAACGCAGAAGAGUUUGCGCAGCUGUUUGGUGAAACUCAUUACUCACCAAGUUUCUUGGCAUAUAUUGAGAAUAUGAUUCUUUACCGACUGGAGUGUCGCCUGUACCAACCGACCAUAGACUUUUUUCUAGAGCACUUCACCUUAAUGAGUGUAUCCGCGGAGAUGUUUUUUUUUGAUAACAUCACUAGAGUAGCCAAUGCUCUUACAGCUGCCAGGGGCAUUGCAGCACUGACCAUGAUGAAGUAUGAAUUUCAUACUUAUUUACCAUCUUUAAUGGCUCAGUGCUGCCUUAAAGCUGCUGAACAUAUCCUUGGAUACAACUUAUUAGUGGAGUUGCCCAGCGACCAUCCAAGUCAGAUCGUGCAGAAAUGCCUCAAAAAAACUGUACUCCUGGCAUCAGCCAACAAGGAAUUUUUACACCAACUUAUGCCAGGAGUCUUUCCUGAGGUAUUUCCUAAGUUUCCUUCUCCCCCCACCAUCCAGAGAGGAAGAACAGGAGCCAAGGAACCAGUCAGGCAGCCUUGCAAAACAUCUGCAAAAAAGCCACAUGUAGAGUCAGGAGCCAAGGAGCCGGCCAGGAAGCCAGGCAAAACAUUGGCUAAAAGGCCAAAUCCAGAGACAGGAGCCAAGGAGCCAGCCAGUCAGCCCAACAAAACAUCGGCAAAAAGACCAAAGAUAGAGGCUCCCAAAGGUAGAACAGAGUCAGCAGCAGAGGCAGUCGCACCCACUAGAAAAACAGCACGGAACACACAAAGAUGCUGUAAAUUUUGCAAUGGCUCACACGCAUACACAUUUCCACAUACUCACACAGACACACAUUUAUCCUGAGACUUUUCAUCCUUUUCCUUCUCCCAUAACAGACCUGACGACAUACCCCCAUACAUAUUUACAUACACGCACACACAAACAUCUGAGUCACAGCUGCCAGAAGGGACAAGCAGUACCAUACUGGGGACAAGAAUAUGGUUAAACACACGCAAGCACCUUUAUGCCACUCGGUAGACCCUGCAUUCCUUUUCACUCAAUCCCUCUGCAGACUGCAAAGCCGGGUCUGUAGGCUGCAAGGGGAAUAACUGAAUGCAGAGGAAUGCAGCAUUCACCUUCCUGCUUAAAGGUACUUAUGUGUAUGUUGCCAUAUUCUCUUCUGUUUCCCUUCCUUACACCGCAGCUUCACCAGCGGUGCUCCUCCCUUCAUCCAAAAUAUGGUAUCAUAUAAAGGAGCACACUUAAGCCACUCGGUGGAUUCUGCAUUGCUUUUAACUCCAUCCUCGGGCUGUAGAA